AUGAUGGAUACCGCGACCAACUCGUUGGCUUCGAUAGUGACGACCACGUUAAUCACUGCUACCACUCCAACGCCCUUGGGUGCACACAGAGUAUACUAUCAUGGAACAAACUCUUCAAGCCCAGGUCAGGAUCCAAACGGCGAAGGAGGAGAAUGCAAGCUGCUUGGUCCAUUCUCCGUGUUUGUUCAGAUUGCUCUUGGUGGCCUCGCAUUAUUGUCUCUAGUCUAUAAGAGAUGGAGAGAACGACCGCAGCGCCCGGUGAAGAUCUGGGCCUUUGAUGUCUCGAAACAAGUCUUUGGAUCGGUGAUGCUUCACAUGCUGAAUCUGGUCAUGUCGAUGUUUUCUGCAGGCCAACUGGACAUCCGAAGCUCAUACAAGCCGAACCCUUGCUCAUUCUACUUGCUGAACCUGGGAAUAGACACUACUCUCGGUAUCCCCAUUCUAAUCCUUCUUCUCCGCGUUCUCAACUAUUUGGCAUCUUACACACCUCUUGCAACCCCUCCGGAAUCGAUCGAGUCUGGCAAUUAUGGCCAGCCCCCACGUGCAACAUGGUGGCUCAAGCAGUCCAUCGUUUAUUUCAUGGGAUUGCUCGGUAUGAAGAUAUGCGUGUUCUUCCUCAUCGAGCUCUUGCCUUUCAUUGUCAAGGUCGGCGACUGGGCUCUAAGAUGGACAGAAGGAAACGCUGCUAUCCAGAUCUUUUUCGUCAUGCUUCUUUUCCCAGUUAUCAUGAAUGCCAUCCAAUAUUACAUUAUCGACAUAUUCAUCAAAAAACCAGUCUCGCAGUACGCGGUGGACGACACGAUUGGAGAUGCUGCCACCGAUGAUGAUGCUGACCGCCGGGAGGCUCUUCUUGCUGGCCUGGACGAAUCAUACUUCACUGAUUCUGAUAAUGAAGAAUCUGGGAAAUCUUCGAGAACCACCUCGCAGCAGAAGGCUACUGCGGACGCUCUCCGGGAAUCCGAGCAUUUACUUCCUGAAGAUCACAACCCUGUUCCUCCAUAUGAGCCUCCGAGCUCAAGUAGCAGUGGUGACGAACAUGAUACGAAAGCUAGUGUAACACAUCGCUGA